AUGAUUCUGAGAAAGCUCAGAAUGACACAGGCCUCCUACAGAGACAGACAGCAGCCAGCCCCGCCCUUUGAUCCCACAACAGCAGAUGAAGGAGAUUCUGCGAGGUCCGACUUGGUGGGGAACGCCACAGUCAGUGGGACGGACGUGUCCGACCCUGCAGACACGCCGUGUUUUCUGCAUGAUGUUUUUGCAGCGCUGCAUGAAGCUGCAGAAGAAGAUGCAGACGUGACGAGCAGCAGCUUGGCUCGGUUUGGAAUCUGCAGUGGGUCCAACGCGUCAUCAGUCUUAUCAGACCUUUCUCAGGCAAUUAAGGGAAAAUACAGAAGUGUCCUGGAGGCUGUGAAUCCCAGCAGAGUGCGUCUGUCUGAGGACAGGGACAGUGGAGCGGUCACGCUUACUGUGGAUGUCCCACAGUCUGCUUUGCUCAAACGGAAGCCGGUGCUGUUCUUAGCAUUUGAAGGUGUCCUCAGAGCCGAGGACCUGGACGUCACUUUUACAAGUCUGUCCCUGCGUCCGAGCUCACAGAGUGUGUGUAUUUCAGAGGGGACGCAGUACGUCAUACUGACAGUAAAGUCAUCAGCAGACGAACUUCCCCAGACAUGGAACUUAUCUGCCACGACAAAAUCUCCUGAUAAGGGACGAAGCCUAAAACAUAUUCUCAUUGGUGGUAAAUCAGGACGCAACUUUGACUUGACAACAUUUCUGCUGGUCUUCAGUGAAACAGGAGCUAACCCAAGGUCGGCUAUGCUCUCAGGAUCUUCAGCCUCCUUCUCCUUCCUGUGUGAGCUGAAGCGCUUCCUGCGUAACCUCCUGCCUCAGGAUCACCUGGGUUCCUCUCCGAUCCAGCUGGACUCCUUGCAGUCCCUUCCCUCUGUGCAACUGGGUGUGUCCUCCAGUGAAACCCUGCUGGCUGGACUGCUCAACUCCUCUGCACCCAUGAUCCUGUCCUUCAACAGCCGAGGCUCCGUGCUUAAGGAGCUCCAGGGAGAGCUGGUGCUGUCUCCUGGCCUUCAGGAGGAGAUUAGGCUGAGGUUGGAGCAGAGGGUGAUGCAGGUUACUAAACUCAUAACGGAUGAAGAUGUAGACCACAUCGCGCUGAAGAGCAUAAGAAGGCUCACAGAGUUCAGCACGUUUCCAAAGAAGGAACAACCAACAGGAGAGAGGCAGUUUUGUGCCUUUAUCCUGCUGAAGGCCCUGAAGACCGUGAGCCGUGUGUACGAGGUGCAAAGAGGACUGCGGGCCACCAGAGCGGACCACAGCAACCCGCAGAGGGAACACGUUUGCAGCUUGAAGAGCCUUACCGUGUCCCUCCGUCAGCUGAUCGUCGAUCCAGACACCGCCACCAUCAACAACUGCCACGGCAGCUGUGCUUUCCCUCUGGUCCGAGCCAACAACCACGCCAUCCUGCUAGACUCUUACAUCAGCAACGGGAACGCGCAGGAGCGCGCGCCCUGCUGUGUGCCCUCAGCCUACGACCCUCUGGAGGUCUUCGACCUGAAAGCAGAAGGGAUUUUUUUGUCCAUUAAACCCAAUGUGGUUGCAAAGGAGUGUGAAUGCCGUUAACAGCAUUGUCACAUGACUCGUGACGUGGUGUGUGCAGGGGAGGAAUGUGACGCGCAAAGUCUUAACAUGUUCCAUACAGUAUGCAAAUGGGAAAUAUUCUGGAAUUGGAUUAGACAAUGUCAUAAUUUUGCUGUUGCAAAAGACGUCCAAAAGUGUGUGACGCCGUGGUUUUGUACUGUACGCAAGCAUUUUUCACAUUUCCAAAUUAGAUUUUUCUUCCAGAAUAAUUAAAGUCUAAUCCAAAACCAUUUAACAGAAAACCAAAUUACAGUCUUGCUG